UCGACUUGUUCGGUUCGUGUAUAAUAAACAAACGCUUCGUUUCUGGUCAUUUUGAUCGUUUCCGUCGUUCCUUACGCGUAUUCGAAAUGACUGAAAUUUAAGCCAUUAGCCAUUAACCCACCUUGACUCAAAAGAGAAACGCUAAACAUACAAAUAUAGAAAGAGCUAUAUACAUAUGGUAUAUGUUGUGAUCGAUAGUGGAAAGUGAAUUCAAAUUUUUUUUAUGCUAAUGUGCACAUUUUGUAUUAAUUCAUAUUAAACCAUUUUGAGAUUAAAUCGUGGAGUUGAUUGUGCAUUUUCUUGGAACUAUCUGCUGUACAAAAACAAAAAAAGAAAACAUAUCAUACCCAAAAUGGCUUACCGGUGCUUUUGGAGAAGUAUUACCAAUUUAACAUUGGCCAUUGUUAUCAUCACUUUAAAUAUGCAGAUUUCGGCAGCUGCUCUUUGGCCUGCUUUUAGUAGUGAAAAGGCUGAAAAAUGUAGUGGAAGUACGGGAUUGAAGUAUUUAUCCGGCGAUGCACUCACGGAUUCACCCGACUGUCUCGGGCCGAACAAUACACCCUAUCCGAGUGCGGCUGUAGCACGCACUUUUUCGAAUUGGAACGGCAGUGCAAGACGGGGCCGUCAAAGCAAAUUUCCGACAACUCUGGAUCCUACGAUAACGAAGAGUGCUUUACUACGAGCCUACGAUGAAGUAAACAAUGACUUCCCUGCCAGUAGUCGUUUUGGACGUUCAUUAACAAAUGGGCCGAUCAGUCAAUGCAGAGAAACACCAUCUCGCCUGUGUAAAACACGAUACAAUACAACAGCACCAAUGUAUGGAGUUAGUUUGACAUCUGGACAGCCAGUUACUAUUGUUCAAAAAUUCCCUGAUCUGUUACAACAAGUAGUAUUCGAGGUUUGCGAAUCGGGCGAAUGUGAUGUUGUACGCGGCGAAUGCACUCAAACUUAUGUACCCUACCUGUUUCUGGUAAUACCACUGGGUCCAGUCACAUUGACUGGUCAGGACUACGUGCUGGUUGAGAGCGGAUGUGUUUGCAAACCGAAAUACUCAACGGGGGCAGCGCAGGAGCCAAAUAUGAUACCAUAGUUUAAUGCCGGAACCAAAUACAUCCAUAAAUUAUGUUAAAAUCUGAUAUACUGGUACAUACAUAUACACUAAAUUAUUUAAAAUGGACAUUUGUAUGCAUAAAUAAGAGUUAUUUGGUCACUUUAGCUCCAUUAGGAAAAUUAGCUUUUUUAAUUAGCAUUUGAAUUUUCUAUGUAGUUUUUAUUUAAAAUUGUCUCGGAUAUAAAUGGAUGAGUGCGUCAAAGAAAAUAACAUUUACUAUUUGCAUAUGUUUACAUACAUAUGUUUUUGCUACGAAUGCCCAUUUUUGCUAUUAAAUUAUUAUGCAUCGAAUUCAACAAGUUUUCUCUGUUGGAAUUUUACAGUUAUUAAUGUAUUUAGAUGUAAAAUAGUUAUAAAUAUACAAACAUAUUUAGAUGUGUGCGAUAUUUAUGUUUACAUAUAGACAUAACCACAAAUUUAAUUAAUUAUAAAGUGGGUUUGAAAUAAUGAUAUACAGAGCUGUUCAUGCAGAUGUGUUCAUACAUACGUACAUAUGUAGACAUAUUAUAUUAUUGUAUGCAAUAUCGAAGUGCGUGGCGAAAAUCACACAGCGAUAUUUUUUUACGUUUUAAAAAAACUAAAAAAAAAAAAAAAUACCAGGUGAACACCUUGAUUUUUCUUGAAACUGUCUAUAUUUUAGUAGACAUUUUUUGGUAUUGUCACCCUACGAAAGGCGCUUUGCUUUUGACAUAUGGCAGUGGUGAUUCGUCGCCUUUUUGCCAUUCAUUUUGAUUCAUUUUAUACUACAAAACUUUUCAAACAGCUAAUAUAAAUUUUUAUGGAUUUGAGAUUUCAAAUUUAUAAUUAUUUAAAGCAUUCCAAGUGAAAUAUGGCUACAAAGGCAUAUGCCAGCUCUUAAAACUUUUUAGUUCUUCGGUCAAUCUAUUGAAUUAAAACAAAUAUUUAAAAAGUAUUGUAUUCUUAUUUAUUAUAUUGUUUGAAUUCAUAUUUUUUAUUAAAAAUUCUUCAAUUUGCGUAUUUAUGUUGGUAGAAAAUAUGCUCAGUUAAAAAAAAUAAAUCGGAUAUUUUUUUAGCAGAGCAUGUACAUGCAACUGAUUUAUAAUUUGUCAAUUUGAUCUAAAGUUUCAUUUGACAUAUUUUUUUAUUCCUAAAUUUUCUUAACAAAAUUUGCUUUGAUUGAAGUUGUACUACUAAUUAUAUUUGGAAAACUUCAAAUAAAAAGAAUUAAGAGUUAUAAUAACCUACUACAUACAUAUAUAUAUAUAUGCAUACUUACCUACAGGUUGGCCCCUCUAGCGUUUGGAAUUUAAUUUAAUUCGGUUAUAAAUAAAAAACGUAUAAAUGUUUAUCAUGGCAUUUUUUUAUUGGAAGAAGACAAUAUUAUUCAAGAGGCUUUCACGGCUGGCUUUGCAAAGCCCUUCCUAUCAACAAGAAAGUAGUCUGAUGAAGUCAAAUCGUGUUCGUCAUCGUUUCUAGGCGACCAAUUGACAUCUCCGUUUCGGUUGAUUGCUAAAUUUUAAUAUUCUCCAACGUUGUUCAAGCGAAAAUCGACUCAUUUUAUAAAUGUCAUAAAGUAAUAAAUUUCGGAUACAUCAUGGGUGUUAUUUCAGCUGUCAAAGCCAAAAAUCGAAAGCUCAAAUUCCUAUCGCUCGAUGGACCAGCCUGUAUAUAGACAUUAUUUUUAUUAAUUAAGAAAAGUGGUUAUGUCUUCAUGUAACAGUAUAUCAGUGAAAAAAUAUAUACCCACAAAUUAAUAUUUUUAGAAUUGACUAUUUAUUGACUACUUAUCUCCUAAUUUAAUUAUUCUUAAGUUAAUAACGUAUUCACUAGGUACUUACAAACAUAUAUGCUUUAGCUUUUGUAGCUCCAUAUCAAACUAGCAAUUCUCUAUAGAAACAAUUAAGAAUACUAAUUACUUAAACUAAUGUUAAUUCGCUUACAUAUUUUUGGAUAAGCACUCUUAUUUUGGGUAUAUGCAUAAUACAUAAAUAGAUAUGUAUGCGAGUGUUUAUUUUUACAGACAAACAAAAACAACUAUGAAUGUAGGAGUAUGUAGCUUAAGAAUUAAGUAGGAAAACUGAAGUUGCUGCAUUUAUGUAUCUGAACACGUGUAAUAAUAAAUUAUUUAAUAAAUGAAAAUUCAAGCUUAAGCACUGAAAAGGGUU